UUCAGAACACAUUGCAUGUGUUUAAAGAAAAAGUUGGCAUCCGAUCAAAUUUGGCAGCUCCCCACCAGGUACAGAAGAGAGUCUGAUCAAUGCCAGAGAGCCUCGUUGCUUGUAACCUGUUCAGAUGUGGCCGACAGUCUUUGUUUGGAGGCAAGCAGAAUGAGAGAAAUGCCUUGUCUCUGCCUGUUUCUGUCUUUCUUAUGGGAGCAGAUGGUGAAGGCUUACAAAUAUAUGAGUGGUUUUUUCUUGGUGACUCAUCCGGCAAACCAGCCGGCCUCAGAUCGUUCUGGGCAGCCAACCAAGAUGGACGUAAGUUUACUCGAAGAGCAGUACGGCUCCCUCAAACAGAAGCAAAAGCUGCAGACUCACAUUAUUGUGUUUAAAACAGGUGAGCAUGAGAUGGUUCCUGAGGGACCCGUGGUCAGCACCGUCCUGGUAAACAAAAAGAUGAGGAAAACCAAAGCGUUUAAAGAACCCAUUCCCAUCAGGGAGGUCAGCCUCGGAUUGCCUUGCAGUGGUAACAUGCAAGAGAGUUCACCCUGGCGUAUCCAUCUGGGGAUCCACCGUCUUGUAGAAGGAGAGCACAGCAAAGCCCCUUGGGAGGUUGCCCAAAACGCAAACAGACAGAUUUAUGCCGACAGUGAAACGCCAUCGCAGGAGGAAAGCACAACCUCAAGCGAGGAAUUAUUAACAGGAAGUGAACAAUCCAUUGAGCCGGUCAGUAAACAGGGAAAUUCAAGCCCUGCCGAAAAGACCAAGAGCUCCAUCCCAGCUGGGUGCACAGAGGCGCCUAUGACGUCAAUGACUUCACCAGUGCGGACACGCUCAGAAAUAUCAGUCUCCAAGCUGGCCCCAGCAGCAGCCAGUAAGCUAGCCUACUACCCUUUCCCUCAGAAAAAAACACCCAGGAUUUCUGAAGCUGCAAGACGACUCGGGUUAUAUGUUUCGCCAUGAGAACGUUUCAGAAAAUAGCUGAUUAUCUGCUUAUAUUAGUUUUUUACAUUUUUAUUUCUAUAUUUUUAAAUGAAUUUAACGUUUUUAAGAGGUGAAUGGAUUUGUCGAUUUCACAAUGUACCCCUAAGUUAAUAUUUUAUCACCUUAGGAGGACCAUUGCAAAUAGUAUCAAUGUUGAAAUAUGUGAAAUAGUAGAGUUCAAAAAGGAGAAAAAUUAAACCUCUUG